AGCUCAGGCGCCUUCCCUCUUCUUCAUCGUGUUAUCUAUUCUCCAGUCUGUCUCCUUGUUCAAGCUCAUGACCGAACAUUUCGACACGUAUUCAACAGCUUGCUACUACUUGAAAAUAGCUCGAAGGAGCAGGAUUUCUCCAAAGGCUGUUACUGGGCCUCAUGCGCCAACGGCAUUGACCGAGUAUACGAGCCUGCCAAUCUGGGCCAAUCUCGACGGGUCGUACAGAGAUGCAGAGUUACGGGGAUGCCAGGGGGAGUAAUGGACGUUUGGAGGACCUUAAAGUGGACAAUUUCGAUACGCAAGUUCAAGAUGCUUCUGACAAGGCUUUCGAGCUGUCGCAGAGGGCUUCGGGAUUCCUACGACGAGAGAAGAUCCGUGCUCGUCUCGGUGAAGCUGUGUACAACAAAGGAUGUCCUCAAGCAGAGCAAUUCAUAAUUCCGCAAGAUCUGCAUGAAAUAUGGAGGCCGCAGAUACUGAGAAACUUUCUAGGUGUCUUGGGCUACAGUGGAGAAGAAAACCUGGUUCAAACCGUACUGGAUCAUUUGAUAAAGACAAUCUCGAUACUGGUAUACAUCAGAUGGGAAGAGUGGUCAAGGUUCGAGUCUAUAUUUUUCCCUAACGGUUGGGGAAAGCCUGUCCGCGAAGACAGAACGGAUGCAAGGAUACCUUACCCCGAUAUUAUCCUCGAGGAAGAUCAGUUUUUAGGGAGUGGAGACGCUGCUGCGUCGGACUUUUUCAAUCAUCAGAACGUGUACAUUCCCAAGAUCAUCGAACAGGGAAAGAGGAUUCUCAUUCCAAAGACUACUCCUCUCCCAUUCAUCAAGAAACAACAAGAGAAGAUAGCAGUGGGAGGGUAUGGAGUUGUGACCAAGGAGGUCAUUGCAAAACAUCACUUCCGCCCGAAAUCAAAGUUUGGCUCUGAUCCGAUAAAGCGGGAAUUUGCCGUAGCUUGCAAAAAGUUUCAAACCAGGGGAGAUUUCAGAGCAGAAGCCAAGAACCUAGACAAUCUAGCUUCAGCCCUCUCUAAACAUGAACGGCUUGUCAAACACAUUGCAUUCAUCACUAUCGGAGAUGUACAUGAUCCAGGGGCCACUAAAGAAUUCAAUAUUCUUCUUCCAAUGGCUGACACUGAUCUCAAAAGGUUGUUAUACCUGGAACAGUACAGUCCACAAUGUAGUGACGUUGUCGAACUUGUCAAAGAAGCAUCUAAAGUCUUCGAUGCUCUUGCCUGGCUACAUCAAGGUCAAAUGGUGGAGGAUAAGAUGCAGGUCUUCUGUCACAUGGACUUGAAACCUGCUAACAUUCUCGUCUACGAAAUUGGAGAAUACAAGUUUCCCGCAGGUUGUUGGAUGAUCUCGGAUUUUGGCAUAUCAUCAAUGACAGAACGCCACCAGAAUACCCAGUUUCUCAAUACAUUUGAGAAAUCUCCUGCAGGGACUCUGGCAUCAAUCCUCGGGGCAGAUUCCGUCUUGACCAGUAGGAAGCGAGAGCCUGGAAUUUAUUCAGCCCCAGAGGCCCACAAACUUAAUGGCAAGAUCGGUCCUGCGAGCGACGUCUGGUCUCUUGGUUGUAUCCUCUUUCAGGUGCUUCUCAGGGGUGUCGGCGGAAGUGAGGGUAUUGCAGACUUGGUAAAGUAUGACGAGAAGAGGCGUUCCAAGGAGCAUGACCAUUUUUGCCAACACACAGAUGGCGAGGCACACCUCCAUCCUGCUAUAGAAAGGUGGCUUGAGAGCACUCACCUUCCAGGUCACAUUGCAAUACAGGACCAGAAGAUGAUCAUGGAAUGCAAGAAUGUUAUCAAACAGGCUCUGAUCGUCGAUCCAGACAAAAGAGCGACAGCGGCAAACCUCCGAGACAGACUGUUGCUUAUUUGCGAACGGGAAGAAAUCUCUAACGAGAGCGUGGCUGGGUCUCCUAUCACUUCAAAACCCCCUUUCCCCAUGGAGACGUCAAGUGCGAUGCCAUUACCAGAUCGGACGACCACCAACUUCCAACCUACUCAGCCCAAUCCAUUGGAAGAGACAAAAGACCUUCGUCUACAGCAGCCCGAAUCAAGCGCUCAACCUUCUCAGGUAGCUGCGGCAGCGUUUACACUGCCACCUAAAAGCUUCUCUCCAGCACCAACAGCAGCUCCACCAACUCCCCCGGACGACCAUCAUAUUGCCCACGAUCUUGAUACCACAGAUAAGCUGAAGCAUGACACCACAGGGAACAAUCCAUCCACCCAACCAGAGAAUGAUAUUCCACGAAAACAGGCAAAGCUUCAGCCUCUAAUUCCAGACCGAGUGUCAUCUCAUACAAGAGAGACAGCGCUCCCAGUGUCAAAAGAAUCUACUCCGGCAGUCAUCGAGCCUCCACCUACCUUUCCCAGAGAAAGUGUACGAUCAGUUGAUAUUGGUCCUUUUGAGACUAGACAUCGAAGCUCGACGCUCAGUAUCGGUAUCUCGAGGUCGUCCAUCGUCCGCCCAAAAUCUGACAAUACCUCCGUCUGCUUCUCCAGUUGAAGAAUUGCAGCUCGUACAAAGCACAGGCACACUACCGGGCAAGUCAUCUAACGGACAGAUGAAAGACAGUGCAUCCAAGAAACCUCGCAAGUUGUCCCCGUUGGGUCUUGCCAU